UAACCUUCCAUAAAUUAGCGUAAAAGCCACUCUCUCCAUCAUUUUGAGUUCGGCCACUAGAGUGUGUGCGCCGAACUACCUGCGUUUGCUUCCUCCGGAAGAAGCCAGGCCGCAUUAGCCAUUCCCACGGCUUCGCGAGGCUUAGCACGUGGACUCGUUGUUUUCUCUUCAGUUACGACUCCUAGACACUCCUUGUAGACAAACAGGCGCGACUGGCUACCCACAGAGAAGCCCAGAGGCUGAAAAAUGCCAAUCCCUUCGUCUCGUAUUCCAGGCCCUGGCGGCCGUAAAUCGCCCAAACCGUCGUUCCUGACCCCUCCCAGCGCGGGCUUCGUCAAAGCUCAAGAAUCUGGAGCAAAACCAGCCAGGACGCCGUCUCCGGGGCUCCAACGUCCAGCCAAGAGACUCCAGUUCCCUGCCACUCACACAAACAAUCAGGUACAGGAGCCAGAGCUUCAAACUCCAGUUAAAACUCUUCCAAAGGUGCCACGACCAAUAAGCAGUCCAGUGCCUUCUGCUUCGAGCUUCGUGGCCACUAGCGAUCCCGAUAUACAGUCAGAUAAUAUCCGAGUACUGUUACGUAUCCGUCCGUCGCCUGGUAAAGACAGCAAGAAGGUUCUGGAGGUGGCACCGGACCAACGCGGCGUGACGUUGGCGCCGUCAUCGCAACAGGAGAAGAGGUUCGGCUUCGACCGAGUCUUCACUGAGAGCUGCCAACAAGACGAUAUUUUCCAGGAUGCAGGGCGAGCGGCGGUGGAGAAUACUAUUCAGGGAUACAACGGCAGCAUUUUCGCCUAUGGACAGACUGGCUCGGGAAAAACUUUUACGAUGCUUGGAGGAGCCACAGCAGAUGCUCAUGAACUGAGACUCUCGCCAUUGCGUGGCCUGACGCCGCGUAUUUUAGACUAUUUGUUCCAGAGGCUGGCAGCGCUGUCACGUGAACGCAACGCUGGGUUUUAUAGUGGGGAGGAGCAGGAACGAGCACUGCAGUACACGCUGGCGUGUUCGUACUUGGAGAUUUACAACGAGAAGAUCUUUGAUUUGCUGGAACCUACAGGUUCCGUUGCUGCUCAGCGGCCAAAAAGUCUUCGGGAAGAUCGCAAUAAGGAGGUUUAUGUGGAUCAGCUGCGUGAGAUCGACGUGGGUAGUGAAGAGGAAGCGCUGACGUUGCUGCAGCUUGGAUCGCAAAACCGCCAUAUCUCCUCAACGGAUAUGAAUCGCGAAAGUUCGCGCUCGCACGCGGUUUUCUCGGUCAAAUUGGUGCUAGAGGAGCGCACAUCGGCUGGUGUGAAGCGUACUCGACGUUCUUGCUUGCAUUUGGUGGAUCUGGCAGGUAGUGAGAAGCAGCGACAGACACGAGUCCACGGCAAGCGACUGAAGGAGGCUGCACAGAUCAACAAGUCGUUGUCGGCGCUGGGCAACGUGAUCAUGGCGCUGGUUGACGUUAGCAACGGCCAAAAGAGACACGUGCACUACCGCGACUCGAAGCUUACGUUCCUUCUGCGUGACGCUCUGGGUGGCAACGCUAUCACGAGUAUUGUAGCUACUAUUUCGCCCGAGGAGAAGUACUUUACGGAGACGCUGAGCACGCUGAAAUUUGCCCAACGCGCCAAGUUUAUCAAGAAUAACGCUGUACAGAACGAGGAUGCGGACUCGCUAGUCCCGGUGCUUAAAGAGCAGAUCGAGAAAUUGAUGCAAGAAAUCGCGGCUUUGCGUAGCAGCGUUGGCUCCAUCAGCUCAAUGCCUCAUGAUACUUCUGAUCCUUCGAAGAGUGAGCAUUUGCUGCGGCUGAAAGCGAUUGAUGACGCAGAAUCAGAGGCUCAAGCUCAGGAAAAGAAGAAGCAGAACCGAUGGGAACCAGCCUUAGAUAUGAUGCAGAAGUUGCUGCGUGCAAGUGGUGCUAUGGCCCCCGUGGAUAUUGCAGAGGAGAGCGGAGAAGAAAUUCAGCAACAAGAGCGAGAAGUUGUGGAGAUCCGUUGCGAUCGUCUUGAAAUGCUGCUGUACCGCAUGAUUUGUCGCUUUGAGGAGUACAAGGAGGUCACAUUUGACCCAGAUCGGUACAAAUACAGUCGCCGUCCAUACCAACUGAAGCCAAGUAAACUUCAAGCCCCGCGGAUGUCGAUGCUGCCCACACCCAAGCGAUACAGUGCUACUGCGCGUUACCAUCAUGUAGACAACCAGGAGCACUCUGCAGAUGACGAUGAGACUGCGGCGGCGCUAGCUGCAGCCGAAAAACGGGAACGAGAGGUGCAUAAAAAGGUUCAAGAGCAGCAGAAUCGAAUCGAGGAGCUGCUGCGGCGCUCUCAAGAGGCUGAGGCUGAGAAUGAUCUGAUCCGUCAUGAACUUUGCGAGCUGCUAGAGUGGAAGGCCUUCGUGGAAGAAGAACGGCGCCGUGUUAGUGAUGCUGUGUCCAUGCCCAUGGAUCCUCAUCAAGACAGCGAAGAGGAUGAACAGGAGACGCCUAUCUUGGAAGCUUCGACUGUACCAAGCGAGGAGAUGCAGGAGAUGCAGGAACUGCUGAACGUGUACCGCUCGCUGUUCGACGAAGUUACAGAGCUCAUGUACACGAAGAGACCGGUGCUGUGCAGUCCACCGAGUCCGAAAUCUGGGUCUUCAGUGGUCACGGACUCGAACUCGACUAGCUACGCUUCAGGAGACGAGGACGAGGCCGGUGACGACUGCAUGUCGAUGGAUGGCUUCGAUGCAAGUGAAGAUGGCGAUGGAGGCGUCAGCGAUACGUACCGAGAGAUCCGUCGUGUGAAUGCGCUGAGUUCGUGUCUUGGACGGAAGCUGGACUUGUAUCAGGACACGAUUCAGCGUCUAGAGAAGGAGCUGCAGACCACACAAGAUGAGCUGGAAACGUCGAGUGCUGCUACGAAGUUCGCAGAGUUCCAACUCCAACAGUUGCGAACCCUUGCAGCCGAUGAAGAAGCCAAGCAGACUCAGGCGGAGAACGAGUUGCGGAAAAAGCUCGAGCAAUUGGAGCAAACUGUGCGUUCUCAACGCGAUGAAAUGGCACAGGUGCUGGAUGAGAAGGCGGCGGAAGAUGCACGCGCUUUGGAACAUGAGCAGGCGGCUGCGCGACGUGAAGUUGAACGACUAGAGCACAGUUUACGCAACAGCAGCGAGUCUGGAGAUGACGAGAACGACAAGCAGCGGCUCGCUAGCGCUCUUCGGGCAGCGCAGAAGCGUAUUGAAGAUCUGGAACGAGAGAUGGAGGUAUCGCAAUCGACCGCAGCGGCAUCGGAGAUGACAGCAACCAGUGAUGAGACUCCAGUUCAACUCCAGACUUUGCUGGACCGUGCGCUGGAGGACAAUGCGAAGCUCUUGGAAACGGUGCGUGACCUGCAAGGAAAGCGACAACGUAGUGGCGCCAAUCUCCAGUUACUCUCUACAUUACUGGCUGCAGCCGCGGGGGAAGAGAAAGAUGUUGAAACUACAAGCGAGGACGGUAAAGCCGACGAAUUGACACGAUUAAGACGUGAAAUUGCCACCUUGCGGCUUCAACGUUCUGGAUCCGACAUCACCGACUUGAGUGCGCAUGGAGUGGACACUGAGGCCCUCGCUAAAGUAAGUAAGUGGUUGUAGAGCAGGCUCUGCAUGGGCUCAAUGCGGUAGCAUUCAGUCGCAAAGGUCUAAUGCUGGCGUGUUGGGCCCGUGUUGGGCCUUUGCUGUGUAUGGAUUCUGCUCUUUUGUAGUAGUGCGCAGCUGGUCUUGGAGUGCUGACGACUCCUCUGGUACUUCUUCUGCUUCUGUCUCUGGACGACGACGUUCUCUUGCGGUUCCAUUCGCCUUCUGCCCCUCGAUAUUCAUAGCCCGCCGAGACGAUCCAGCGAUUGGCACUGGAGCGUGCGACACUGCGAUCGAGAUUGCAUCAAGCCCAACAGACGACAGCUCGGCUUGAGGAGGAGCUGCAACGAGUGCAUCGAAAUGCCGCUGUCGACAGCAGCAACGGUGCGCUUUCAACGGAGUUUCUGUGCGGCAUUUAGAGAAUGUUAUGAACAGCAAGAUGCGUCAAGCGGGUAUUGUUUUGGUACGUUGUGCGUGAAGCAGUGGUAUUAGAGGGGUUGCAAGCAGGUCGGCGGGUAACUCGAAGGAAGACGAACCGAAGCUUGCACCUUUGAAACUCAUUGUUGUAAGUAUUUUUUUUUUUUCUUAUCUAUCUCAUAGUUACUAGAGUGCAUAUCGAAGUACAUUGUGAGGUGACAGGGUGCGGCGCUUAUAAAACAAGACGUAGGCGGCGUCAGUGACCACGUCGCCCGCUGCGAUUUCAGAUACUUUUUCGUCGUCGAAGCGGAACCAGAGCUCGGGACACUGGACAUCGCCACUCUCUUCGUUCGUUUUUAAGAGCGCGGAGCUCUCCGGGAAGUCAGCGUCGUAGCGGCAAUACGCCGUGUAAUGACCCCGUGUGAGUCCUCCAACAUGGUUAGCCACAGCAUAGAGAUCAUACACUGACGAGCCUGCAUCCUGAUGACCCAUCCACUUUGAGAAGUCCAGACCUUUAAGCGGGAAGUCAACCAGUGCGCGAACCUUCUGCUUGUGCUGGUUCUCGAGAUAUUGGAAGCGCUUAAGCUGCACCAUAACCAAGUCUGGUAGUCGCCAGAUUGCAGAUAACCGAGUGCCUUCACGAGGAACACCACAGCGCUCACAGACCCAGUGAUCUUCCAGGGAAAUAGCUUCUUCGCGCAUUAGAGCAUCCAUGCACUUGGUCAGCGGGACAGCAUACAUCGGUGGACUAUCGUCGUCUACCACUGACACCUUCUCUUCUGCCUCUGUUGUUUCUUUUAAUAAAGUAGCAUCAAGAUCAGCGCGCAAGUCCGGAUCCGCUUUAGCGGCUUCGACGACUUCAUCAGGCACGUCAUCGGACGCUCGUUCUUCGCAACUUGAGUAGUCGUGAACAUUAAACCAGUCCAGUGCUAGCACACUUCGCGUCGAAAAGUGCUGCAGCAACGCGCUUGAGUCUGUCGGUAAUGGCUCGCCACGUUCACUCGUUAGGUCUUCCAAGUUCACGACGCGGACUUCAUACGGUAGUUUUGUUUGGUUCAAGUCGCUGUGGUUGCCAGUAGACUCGGGAUCACCGUUAAACUCUCGCCAAAAUCGAGCAGUCUGUAGGAAAAGUGCCUGGUGCAUAUCUUGAGCAGUCUUAUCGGAUGCAAUCGUGACAAAUAGCGGCGUACCGAACACGUUCAACGUCGGGCGUUCGUGGGAACUCGAAGUGCUCAGCUUCUGCGAAUUAGGAAGGUUCCCAGUGAACGAAUGAUCGUCACCACUUGUCUGGCCGGAUUCCGACGCCGUAGCAGACGAAGGCUGGGAAGUAAAGCGAUGAACAACUUGUACCUCAAAUACCUCAGUCGACUUCGACGUGCGAGUUGCAAGCGGCUGUAGACGUUUCGACUUCCAGUCGCGAGCUGUAAACCA